ACAGCCACAGCCACGCCGGGUAGAGCCCGGCGGCGAAGGGCAGGACGGUGGCGCGGAGGAGGCGCGGCCGCCGCCGGUAGAGCGUCACCGACGAGACCAGCUCGUCCUGAGGGGCCGCCGCGGCCGCCGCCAUUUUCCCUCCGCCCUCGGCUCGUCUCUUCCGCUUCCGAGCCCCCGCCCCCGGGCUUCCGCCCGCGCGUGCGCGGGGAGCGGUGCUGGCGGAAGCGCGGCGGCGGCGGCGUCAUGGAACUGGCCCUGGAGCUGACGGCCCGUCACUGCGGGGCGGAGCUGGAGCGCUACGGGCGCUGCGUGGCCGCGAGUCCCGAAUCCUGGCAGAGGGACUGUCACCGGCUGCGGCUCGGGAUCGCCCAGUGCGCCUCGGCACACCCCAUCGUGCGGCAGAUCCGCCGGGACUGUGCCGAGCCCUUCGCGGCCUUCGAGCGCUGCCUGCGGGAUCACCCCGGGAGCGCCGGGAGCUGCCACCCCCACGCCAACGCCUUCCUGCUCUGCGCCGACCAAGUGAAGCCCGGGGAGCCCUGAGGUGAGUCCUGAGGGGAGCCCUGAGUGAGCCCUGAGGUGGGACCUGAGGGGAGAUCUGAGGGGAGAUCUGAGAUGAGUCCUGAGUGAGCCCUGAGGGGAGAUCUGAGGGGAAAUCUGAGAGAGAUCUGAGGGGAAAU